AUGAGCUCCUGGAUCAACGAGGCCGCCGUCCCCAAUCACAAUGGCAACGGCUUCCCCCACAUCAACGACCCCUCCGCAAUCGCCGGCGCCAUGAUGGAUCCCUCCUCCUACAUGGGCAGUCCUGCCCAAUUCAACGCGCAGUUCGCGAAUCCCCAGCAGAUGGUCAUGCCCAACGGUCCCAUGCGCAAUGCGUCGCCUUCGUUUCCCAACCCGAUGUACCAGACCAAUUCCGUCAUUCCUUCUAAGCGACCUAGACCGAGGGAGGAUGGCAUGAACCAGUCACCGCGUCCGGCGCCGGGCAUGCUCCCGACCUCGCGCGCCGAAACGCCGCAGCAAUCGGGCUUCCCCGGCUUCCCGCAGCCGGGCAUGUCGCAACAACAACCCUCCGGCCAGCCUUCGCCGUAUCCACACCUUCAACCAAACGGCUCGUCGAACGCGACGCCGUCACCCAUCAUGGCGAACCAAAUGCGUCCGGGCAGCGUUCCACAGCGCGUCGCAUCGACGUCUCCGCACCCUUUCUCCCCCGCCGCGCCACAGUUCCCGCAAACGUCUCCAAUAACCUCCGACCAUGGCGGCACGCCACAACCGUUCAUGCAGCAGAACGCUUUCCCACAAAACUUCAAUCCUCAGUUCGCGGCGUCGGCCGCUCAGUCCCCCGCACGGCCACCCCCGACCCCGAGCUCAAUGCCUGGCCAGAUGAUGUCCCAACAGAUGGCGCAGAUGCCAGGGCAGAUGGGGCAAAUACCUCCGCAGUUACAGCAGAUGGCUGGCCAGAUGCCUGGACAACUGCCCGGACAGAUGGCGGGUCAAAUGCCUGGCCAGAUGAUGACGAACAUGAUGUUCCCGCCGCACAUGGCGCAACAACCUCGGAAUGCAUUGGAGCAGCAGAAGCUUAUCUACCAGAUGCAGCUGCAGCAACAAGCGCAGCGGACAAGCUUGCAGAUGCAGCAAAUGGGCGCCCAGAACAUGAUGCAAGGGCAACCCAAUCCCAACCAGGCUCAAGCGCAAGCGCAAGCGCAAGCGCAGGCUCAGGCACAAGCUCAGGCACAGGCGCAGGCGCAGGCGCAGGCCCGGAACAUGAUGGCCCCGAGGCCUGGCGUUCCCAACGGUCAGAUGCCGCCGGGCGCGAUGAGACCGCAGGCCGGAGGCCCUCAGCACGCCAUGGCUCGGCUACCCUCUCCGGAACAGUUCAUGAAGCACCUAUCGGCGUUCAUGAACUCGAAAGGCCUUCCCCUUGAUCCGCAUCCGGUCGUCGACGGCCGCCCGAUCCCGCUCUACAACCUGUUCCAGGUCGUUUUCAACAAGCUCGCAGGAUACCGCAAUGCGACACAGUCGAAUAGCUGGCUCCAAGUUGCGCAGAUUAUGGGCUUUGCGCCUCCCCAGAUUCCCGCCGCUUCCCAACAACUCAAGGCCAUCUACGAACGAAAUCUGCUUAAAUAUGAAGAACUCUGGACCGCGCAGAAGAUGCGCCUACAACAACAAGGAGCAAUGGCGAACGCCCACAAUCUACAGCAACAGGGCGCCCCGACAAAAGGGAUGCCUGCAGGACAGAUGAUGCAACCAGGGCAGCAACCACAGAUGCACGUAGGCCAGAUGCAGUCCCCUGUCAAGCCGUCCGGGCCCCAGCAGUCCGGUGUCAAUGGGUUCCCCUCUUCUCAGCCUCCCCCUGGCCAGCAGCCCAUGCUCUCAGGUCCAGGACACACCCGCAAUAGCUUGUCGAGAAGUGUCCAGCCCACGCCCACGGCGGAGGAGUUCCCUCUCCCUUCUCCUGCGCAGAGCAAGGCGGGAACGCUUUCCCUCCCCGGCUCUGCCCACCCCGAGAACCAGGGGAUGGCUGACGACGCGACCAAUUCGCUGAAGUUCCCAGCACCGUUCGCGACGAACCCGGACGAGUACAUGCCUUGUUCCCGGGAGAUUACGACAUACGGCGGCCUCGACGUGGGCGCCCUCUGGAAGAUCGGCGACGAGCUGCUGAGAUCCAAGAUCGAUGUCCCCCUCCCGAUCGAUUUUGGAAACGUCGACAUCCAUGCGCUCACCAAGAGCAUCCAGAGCGGCAUACACGGCGAGGUCCGACUGGCCCUGGAUACUCUGGCGUCCUUAACGUCGAGUGAUUACUAUUUCGUUAGCCCCACGCAGCCGGUCCCCAUCCCCCAGAUCGAUCUCCGGCACUGCGAUGAAUUGGUGGAGGCCCUUAUCGAGUGCGCCGAGGAGCAGCUCGACCUCUUGGUUGAGAAUUCCGAGGAGGCGUCGAACGAAAUCACCAUCACCCCCUACGAGGAGGUCGUCCGCGCCUGCCGGAUCGAAAGGCUUGCCCUACGUAAAGUACAUGCCUUCGGUUCUCAGGCCUAUGCGCUGGACCGCGCAGUGGACCGGCUCAUUUGCAUCACCACCGUCCUCCGAAACCUCUCCUGGCGGGAAGAGAACCAUGCUAGUCUAGCGGACGAAACCGUUGUCCGCUUCCUCUGUGUCGUGAUUAGGUAUCUCGGCACUCGUGAGAUGCUCCUCCGGACUCACGUCGACACGCUAGAUCUGAUGAAGGAUCUGGUCACGCUCCUGUCGAACAUUGCAAGCUCGGUGGAGAUACCUGGCCGAGAGCAGGCGUUUUGCCUGCUGCAGUUCCUGCUCGCUUUCGCACCAACGCCAGGGCCAGCUUUGACAGACGGCACGCUCUUUUUCUCCCCCUACGAUCCGGCUCUGCACCCAUACCUUCCUCACGCUGUCGAUUGCCUUGCUAAGUUGCUGGCGAGGGACGAACCGAACCGAACGUAUUACGCGACCGUCUUCGCUGCCGAUGCUGUGGUCAACUCAUCGCUUCCAUACGAGCUCCUUACUCGCUCAUUCUGCCUCGCCGUAUCUCCCAUCCCGGACCACUUGCGGGAUCACCGCGGCAUGAACCUCCCGCCUUUGGUCGAGGCACGCAAGCCGCUCUUGAUGCAAGGACUCCUCGCCGCCGACAUUAUGGCGGGAUUAGCACCCGGCUUUGAAAGUGGCGUCACGCGCGCCUGGCUCGCCUCCGGCAACGGGUUCGCUCAAAACCUUUUCCAGCUGGGCCGGCAGCUCAGUGCCCAAUUCGAAGGCCCGCCUGUCAGGACUGGCGGCGGCCAGCAGCGGGGGCAGCCUAAGCGGGAUCCCGACCUCGUCUACAUCAUUUCGCUGGCCUUCAGCAUCCUCAAGCGGCUGACCGAAAAGGCGCGCGACCCGAGCGACCCCACUGGAGCAGGUGGUAUUCCGCCCGGCGUUCUUCCGGCCAAGGAAGGUGUGCUCAGCGCGCUGCAGAUGCAGGCGCAGGAGUGGGCCAAGGAGGGCAUCCUGGCGAACUUGGUGGAAUAUGCCCGAAUGGGUGAUUGACGGGACCUUGAUGGUGAGGCGGAUAGAGGAAUUCUCCGUUGGCUUCUGGGCGUUGGGUAGCGAGCGCGUUGAGAUUUUCGCAUAGACUGUUGUCGGGUCCUGGGGCAAUGGCGCGUUAAAGGUUGAGGAGCUGGAGGAUGUUGCUGGUUUACCGCCUUGGCAGCGUGUAUGUAUCCGUUUGUGUGGUGGAAAAUGAUGGGUUGGAUGACAUAGAAGGAAGGGGGGUAGUGCCAUGGCGUGCGUAGUACUAUACUCAAACGGACGCUUGUUCAUUGCUUG